GAAAAUUGAACAUAAGAUUUUAAAAAUGCAAAUAACAGUUCCAAGAAGUUAUGUAAGACUUUUCAAUUUGUUGGGAAAAUAUGAGUUAGUAUUUACAACAACAACACGUCUGGUUACGCAACUUUUUAAUUUAUCCACCAUACAUUACCAAAACAAAUAGAAAAAGAAAAAGAAAAAAGAAAAAUAAUUAACGAGGGGUUUAGAGAGAGAAACUUUCACAGCCCUUCAUUCCCACCCAAAAACCCUCAUCAAACUUCAAAGGCAUCAAAACGUGACCCCCUCCCUCUCUAUCUCUCUCUCUCUCUCUCUCUCUGUCUCACAGAUAACAUAGUUUUUGAAUACAAUAAAAAGAACCCAUAGAGACUUACAAACCCCUCUCUCUCUACAAAAACCAACCCCAAGCCAAAACCCUUGUGUUUCUCUCUCUAGAAAUGGAGUCACUGGACUCGCUCUACGACAUCCUCGACUUCCACUCCGACGACGCCGGCGCGGAAGAUAAAGCCCAUGACUUUAAACCCUCCAUUGCUCCCUCUGGGGUUUUGUGCGCGGAUGAUCCUAGCCGUCCGUUUUCUCAGACUGAGGAGGGUGUGGAGGAGGAGCUUGAAUGGCUGUCGAACAAAGACGCGUUCCCGGCGCUGGAGACAUUCGUUGACAUUAACCUUCUGAUCGGGCAACCAGCCGGCAUUGGCACGGACAAGCACCAAAGCCCUGUCUCGGUGCUUGACAACCGCACAACCCCCACCACCACCCUCAUGAGCAGCUGUGGGACACUCAAGCCCCCUCGGGGUGCCCGAAGCAAGGGCCGCCGUAGGCGUGAAAGCUCCAGCUUCCCAGGCAUUCUUGAGGAGCACGUCUUUUGGAGCCAAUCUAACAACUGCAAAAAGCAUGACAAUACAAUAGUGAAAAGAACAACAGGGAUGGCGACGAUUGGGAGAGUAUGCCAGCAUUGCGGGGCUGAUGAGACCCCACAAUGGAGGGCAGGUCCCCUUGGACCGAAAACCCUGUGUAACGCUUGCGGGGUAAGGUACAAGUCUGGAAGGCUUGUUCCUGAGUACCGCCCUGCAAGUAGCCCAACUUUUUCAAGCAAGUUGCAUUCAAAUUCGCACAGGAAGAUAAUGGAGAUGAGGAAGCAAAAGCAGGGGACGGGGAUGUUACUUUAGCCUGAGGAUGAUGGGUAGGCUAAUUGUGGGUAGUCGACUUUUUUCCGUUUAAGAUUAGUUUGGAGCUUGUAGGAUUGCUGUAAUGGGGGUUUAAUGGUGGUUAGUGUUUGCUCCUUGUUUUGAUGAAAUGACCACAGCUAGGUGAAAUUUUGAAUUGUUGUGUUUGGUUAUGUUGUAGACUGGUAAACAGGAUCGUGUUUUUGGUGUUUAUCAAAUUUUAAUUCUUUGCUC